AUGAAAUUGCUUCAUCAUCCCGAAACAGUAGUCAAACUGGAGCAACUAUUAGCACAAGUGGAAUCAACGCCAGGAGUUUCGGAAGAAUGGGGCUCCGGUUGGACUGGCACAAAUUUUAUCGUAGAAAUCGAAGAGACUGCCUCUGCAUCACCCGUAAAUUCAGAUUAUCUCAACAGCCAAGAAGAUGUCACCAGCACAACAACGUUAAAUAUUACAAAUGUGCCACAAGGUCCAAAAAUAAUUGUUCGUACCGAGGAAGUAUUAAUUGUUGGAUUGGUUUUAAUGCUAUGGGCUGGCGCUAUAGUCUUAUUCUUUAACCGUUGGGGUAAAAUUCGUAUGUUGGAACCAUAUCAACCUAAAUUCCAACAACAACCACGGUCUUCCUGUCCAAUGAUUGAAAUUGAUUCAAUGCAGUCUCAUCAGAGGUCCUCAGUUUCACGCAUGUCAAUGGGUAUGAUAAAUAAUAUCAACAUACCAACUUGUCACUUUGCAAUGUAUAAUCCCCGUUCGAAAGGCUUAGCACCGCAUAGCAGACCUCGACAAAAUUCUGUAUUUGUUGGACCAAGUCCAAGUCAAUUCGUAAUGACGAGUAAACCAAGAAAAACACGUUCUGCCAUUGACUUACAUUCAAUGUGUGCACUGGAUGAAUCCGCGGAGCAGAUAACGAAUGUUUAAGAAGUGGAACUAGAAGGUGUCAAAAAUGUUUGUAUCUUGUUAACUAUUUACAUAAACUCUUUGCUCACUUAAUUCUUAAUCUAAGUAUUUUACUAUAUAUGACUUGUUUAAUUAACUAUUCUCUAUGUAAAAGUUUAUCUUUUUUUCGAAUUUAACAUUCUCUAAAAGUUAAUAACUAUAUAAAUAUAUCAAA